UUAAACGAACAACUGAGAUGCCUUGAAUCGCGAACUGAUGUACAGGCCAGUAUUCUAUCAGAGUUGAACGAUUUUUAUCGUCGAAAAGCUGAAUUAGAUGGGGAAUACAGUCGACAGUUGGAAAAACUUGCAAAAAAUGCUAUGCAAAAGCAUAAAAACGAAAAAAACAAGAGAGAAAAUUGGCCACUAUAUUCAUUUUUCGGCUUGUGGCAACAAUUAAUCGAUGAAGUUAAAAUUGAAGCACAAGAACGAAAUUUCCUAUCUGAUUUCUAUACAAAUCUUUUAUCACCGCUUAUAUCGCAACGGUCGGAUGAUUUACAUCGGAUUUCACGAAAAUGUCGUGAAAUUGGAGCUUUGGCACAUGGUGAAAUUAGCAGAGUAUUGAAUGAAUUGCAUACAGCUAUGAAAACUUAUCAAUUAUGUUUUGCCGAAUAUACAACGGUUGAAUCGAAAUUUCGGAACGCGGAAGGAAAUAAACAAAAGUAUGAAGAAGAGAAUCCAACAAAAACGGGAACAACUCGUAAAUAUCGAUCACUUGCUAAGGUGUAUGAUAAAAGACUAGAAAAAUUCGAAAUAGUAAAAGUAAAAUGCUUAAAAGCUCGUAAUGAAUAUUUAUUGUGUGUUCAAGCAGCGAAUGCAGCAUUGCAUAAAUAUUUCGCGGAUGAUCUUUCCGAUCUCAUUGAUUGUAUGGACUUAGGUGUCGAACACUGGUUAAAACGACUAGUAUCAUGUACGGUGUCGUCGCGCAAAGCAAUAUGUCAGAAAGAAAUGGAUUCGCUUGCCAAGCUAUGUGAUUUCAAACAUUCGUUGGAUGCAAAAGCUGAUAAACAACGAUUUUUUGAGGCUAAUCAUGCCGUCUUCAUGUUACCUAAACCGUUUGAUUUUAGAGGGCAAAUUGGUGAUGUUAUAAAUAAAAUAAGUGCAAAUGAAGGUAUUGCUGAAGAACUGUUGCAACGGCAUAUGCAAAUUGAACGGAGACUUACGAAUGUUAGGCUUGAAUCUGAAGAAAUCUGGAAAACACUAGAAUUGACAGAAAGAACAAUCAGUGAAAAAUAUGAUGAAGCAAUGUAUCUAACAAAACACAAACAUGAUCUUAAUGAAUUAUUCGACUAUUAUCUUGGAAAAUUUAGUCAUUAUAUGCUGAAUAGCAAUUUAAUAGAACGUCUCGAAGCGAGAUCAAAAAGUAUAGCUGGUGCACUUAACGAAUUUUCUUUAAUCACGCCAGUUGGUGUAAGGGAAGACAGCGAGUUAACGAAUUCGACAUUAUAUGCGAAAAAGCGAAUUGGUGGUGCACUUGUUAAUGAAAAUCCUCGUCGACCUCGUCUUUUCGGUGGAAGUCUUGACGAAUAUGUUGAGCUUAGUGGUGAACCUAUUCCACUUAUUGUUAUGUCGACUAUACGGGUGCUGUCGCAAUUUGCAAUCCAUCAUCAAGGAGUUUUCCGCAUAUCAGGAUCACAAAUCGAGAUCAAUUCAUUCAAAGAAGCAUUUGAGCGAGGCGAAGAUCCAUUGAAAGAUGUGAUGGAUGCGAGUGAUAUAAAUUCUGUUGCCGGGGUUCUUAAAUUAUAUUUACGUGAACUACGUGAACCUUUAUUUCCUUUAUUUUUAUUUGAGCAGUUUAUGGAUUGUGCAAAGUGUUCAAAUGCUGAGGAAUUUGUAAAACAAGUUGUACCACUGCUAGAGAAACUUUCGAGAUCAACUCGAUUGCUACUGCGUUAUUUAUUCGCUUUUCUGAAUCAUCUAAGUGUGUUUAGUGAUGAAAAUAUGAUGGAUCCAUAUAAUCUUGCAAUCUGUUUUGGGCCAACAUUAUUGCCCAUACCAGAUGGAAAAGAUCAAGUUUUUUAUCAUAAUUUUGUGAAUGAACUGGUAAAAAAUUUAAUUCUCUAUCAUGAUCAAGUGUUUUCGCCUUUAUUGCCUGGUCCACGUUAUGAGAAAUAUUUCGUGGAACUUGGAAAGGCUUUAUAUAUCGAUGAACAGUAUGUAUACCGUCUUUACCGUUUUUCAUGCUUUAAAAGGUGCAUUAAAAAUAUAUGGUCUAGAAAAGCAGGCGGUUCGAGUUCACUUCGGGAGCAGCUUCAUCAUUCCAAGUUACUUCAGCAAAAUGAUAAUUCUAUUUCGUUAGCCUUUGAUUACUGUAAUAUAAUGAUGAAAUAA